AUGGGGCCGGGGUUGCCCUUGCUGCUGGGAGUCCUGGCCGCCUCGUUGGUCGCAGGGUCCGGGGGGCCUCCCGCGGAGGGGACGCUGCUGGACCAGCUGUUCGGCGACUACAACAAGGACGUGCGGCCUGCGCGGACCCCCGAGGAGCGCGUCCCCGUGCGCAUCGGCCUGCGUCUGGCGCAGCUCAUCAGCCUGAACGAAAAGGACGAGGAGAUGAUCACAAAGGUUUAUCUGGACCUGGUGUGGACCGAUUACCGGCUGAGCUGGGACCCCGAGGAUCACCAGGGGAUCGACUCCCUGCGAAUCACGUCGGAUGACGUCUGGCUUCCAGAUAUUGUGCUCAUGAAUAACAACGAUGGCAUCUUCGACAUUGGCCUUGGCAUCAACGUGCUGGUGACCCCGGACGGGACGGUGCGCUGGGAGCCGCCCGCCAUUUAUCGCAGUAGCUGCAGCAUCCAGGUCACCUACUUCCCCUUCGACUGGCAGAACUGCUCCAUGGUGUUCAGCUCCUACAGCUACGACAGCUCCCAGCUCCGCCUCAGCCCCAGCCAGGAUGCAGCAGGCCCGGGGAUACUCAUCCAUGAGCCCACUUUCAUCGAGAACGGCCAAUGGGAGAUCAUCCACAAGCCGUCCAAGCUCCACGGGCCGGAGGUGGCCACGGAAGGGCAGCGGGAAGAUGUCACCUUCUACCUGAUCAUCCGCCGGAAGCCCCUCUUCUACCUGGUCAAUGUCAUCAUCCCCUGCAUCCUUAUCACUCUCCUCGCCAUCUUCGUCUUCUACCUGCCUCCUGACGCUGGAGAGAAGAUAACCCUGUCCAUCUUUGCCCUGCUCACCCUGACGGUGUUCCUCCUCCUGCUUGCCGACAAAGUUCCCGAGACGUCCCUGGCCGUCCCCAUCAUCGUCAAGUACCUUAUGUUCACCAUGGUGCUGGUCACCUUCUCUGUCAUCUUCAGCGUCGUGGUCCUCAACCUCCACCAUCGCUCGCCCAACACGCACGCCAUGCCCCUCUGGGUCAGACAGAUCUUCAUCCACAAGCUCCCCAAGUACCUAGGCCUGCACAGGCCCAAGCCGGAACCCGUCUUCGAACCGGAACCGCUGCCCGUCCUGAGGGACGUCCCGGGAAGGGGCUUCGGCAGGGGGACGGACGAGUAUUUCAUCCGAAAACCACCCCGGGACUUCCUCUCCCCCAAGCCCAGCAGGCUCCAGGCAGAAGCGUCAGGGCCGGACCUGCGACGGUUCACGGACGAGCCGAGCCAGGGGCCGAGCCGGGGCCCGACCCUGCCUCCCGAGCUGCGGGAGGCCAUGGCCUCCAUCACCUACAUCGCCCAGCAGCUCCAGGAACAGGAGGACUACGAUGCGCUCAAGGAAGAUUGGCAAUACAUGGCCAUGGUGGUGGAUCGCCUCUUCCUCUGGACGUUCAUCAUCUUCACCAGCGUGGGCACCCUGACCAUCUUUCUGGACGCCAGCUACCACCUCCCCCCACCGGACCCCUUCCCCUGAGGGCCGGGGUUAGGACAGCAGGACAGAGCCCGACCCUGGGAGUCGAAGGACCCGAGUUCCAAUUCCAGCU